AUGGGCAGUAGUUCUUCCAUGCUUGCAAACUUUCAUAUCAGAACUGUCAUCAUCAAAACACUUUUUGUUUCUUUAAAGGACUAUGUUCAUAAACAGGUUUAUGUUCGCAAAGCCAAUUUGAGAAUCUAUUGUAAUAUCAAGCCUAGUGCCAAGGUUUUGAUGUAUUCCAGUGAAGUUGACAACCCUUAUAUUACUGCCAUAAGAGCCACAGAAAAGGUAUUCAAUGUCUUGAUAGAGGGACUGAUGAAACUGGAACAUCUUGUUGCUGAAGAUGGAGAUUUAAGUAUUGUGUUCUCUUCUGGACAUGGAUCAAAGUAUGCAGCCUUGAAUGAAAGGGUGGUCCAAGUCAGAGCUGCAGUCGAGGACUGUGGGAGUCAGUCAUCCCUGGUCAUCUUGUUGGGCGUCUAUCAGGGCUUGUCUGCAUGGAUUAGCGUCCAAAAAUCAUUGCCGAUCUCUGAAAGGCCUGUAGCGCUGCAUCUGUGGCUGUGGGUUUUGGAGCCAUUGGUGCUAAAGCAAAGAGAUUGGAUUUGGCAGCAGUACAGAGAAUGCCAGGAACUUUUGAGCCUUUAUCAGAGGUACCUUGCUGAGCAGCAGGAAAAGCUGUCGCUCUCCCUUUCUGAACUCAGUGCUGCCAAGGAAAAGGAGCAGAAGGUAUGCAGUACGACGAGCUUGUGCCAGCAACCAUCCUUGGAGCUGAAUGGUUCCUACUUGGGUAUUUUGAGACCUCAAGCUCUUCAUAAGAACAGCAGAGCACCAAAGGUUGAAAGCCCAGCCUGCGUGGCGUCGGCUCAGCCUUGCAGCAAUAACCACGAUAACAGGACUGAAGUCCGUUACAACCGUCAGGAGCAGCUGAAGGGAUAUCCGGUAGAAAAUGACUUGGGCAGGAAGUGUAACAACAUAAAUUCUCUGGCCAAGCAGAGGAGCCCUCACCAUGUGCAACCAGCUCAGGAGGUGGACCAGAAAGUAAAUGAAUUUCGGAGCACGUGCCCUCAGCAAGUGAGUUGCUGUUGUGCCUACAGGCACGCAGGUUGCUCAGGGAGCGUGCAGGAGAGCCACCAUGGCAGCCAGGCACUUAGAAGACACCCUGGGCCAGUUCACAAAACCUGUGAUUAUUCCAGACACUCUCGAGUUUCUGGGAUGAAUGACAGUGUGGACUCAGGGCCUAAGGCAGCAGGGCAGGCGAAAAAAUUGUAUGAAGUAAGAAGGCAGAAGCUGCUCCUGCAGAAAAUGGAGCUGGAAAUUGAAAAGGAACGACUCCAACAUUUGUUGGCUCAGCAAGAAGCAAAACUGCUCCUAAAACAACAGCAACUGCACCAGUCCCGUCUGGAUUAUAACAGGUUUAGAGGCUGCAUACCUGGGUCAGAAGAUGUGCCCAUUGAUGAAGCACCUGGAGAACUUGCUCUGAUGAUGAACGGCAACAGCACGGGGCUAAGUGUACCGGUGUCAAAACAUGGAGAAUAUUUUCCAAGGACACCUCCAGUGGGCAAAACCUUGAGAACACCAAAGAGCAGUGGAGGGAGCAGCUUGGGGAAGAAAAUGGUUGGUUUUGGUGCAAACGUGGAACAUGUGCAAACCUUUCUGAAUCAACCCAAGAGAGAAGGCACCAAGUCAAGGAGAG